UUUAUUUUGUCCAGUAUGUUAUUAUUCGCGUGUUUAGAGUAGCCACCUACGCGCAUGCGCGACCACAUCUGACUCACCGUGGCAGUCAGUGCCAAAGAGUUGCAGUUGGUUAUACAACGUUCGCGUUGGAGCGUUGCUUGUUAGUUCAUUUUAUAAACACGCCGUUUGUUUUUGUGGACAAAUAUAAUCCAUUGAAGCAUAAUGUCUCACACAGUGACGAUUACUCGGACAACCACGACGAGCACCGGCCAUGCCAUCUUCGUUAACAAUGGCUACCUGGGAACAUUGCCCGGACUUCUUAAACUAGCGCAACUGUUGCUGGGGGCGGCGUGUGUCGGCGUGGUGGGGUAUUACCUGGAGCCGGGUUUCUAUAGGUACAACAAUCAGAAACCCGAGCUCUUCUUCCUACUAGUAGCGGUCGCCUGUCUGGUCGGAACCUUCUGUUUGCUUACCGCCUGCCUCGUGUCCUUUACCACUGCAUCUAUGAUAUCGAAAACUAUAUACGAGGUGAUAUACCACGGAGUGGCCUUUAUAUUGUACUUAGCAGCUGGUCUGACACUUAUAAUUGAAGUUAACCAUCAGAAAAGUAACUAUCGGAAUGAUUUUGAACCUUAUUUGGCUGCAGCAGUGAUGGGUCUUGUAAUGGCCGGUCUCUAUCUGCUUAGUACUUUCCUAGCGAAUCGUACCUACCGUGGUAUAUAAGAUUUAAUGUAAUAAAACUGGUUUAUUGAUUCAUGUAUACGCCUUACGAUGUCGUUUGUAACAUAAAAUAUAUGCUUUCUGUACUUUAAGUUUUGUUCUAUAAGUAAAAGAACAAAGAAGAAUAAUAAAAGAAGAGAGAAUAAAUAUUCCUUUGAAAACAUGUACAAAUAUUUUAUGCAAACAUAUACAAUAGAAAAAGAUUUGAGAAAUAAUUGGAUGUCGUAGUUUUGCUUUAAUAUAGCCUCUUGUGUCUAGUCGAAGAAAUUUUUUUGUGACGUACCUCGAUUAACAGAGUAUGACAUUAAAAUAAAAUAGAAUAAUAUAGAUUCUUCGUUAUUUAGCGUUACUACUUUAUGACGAUCGCCUUGUUGUUUACAAUAAGAGAUAAUUGUAAAGCAGGAAUAAUUAAGUUACAGGUCUAUUUAUUAACUUAAUUAAAGAUAUUUAAGUAAAAUAAGAAACAAAUGAAAACUUAACAUAAAACACUUCUGUUUCUGUUUCAAUACUUCAUUAAAUUACAUAUUAUUAUGGAAAUGGCUUCAAAAGAAAAAUGUUAUUCGCGUAGUUAUAAGAAAUUGUAUGAUUUCCGUCUUAUAUUUUUUGAAUGUUUCCAUUUUUUUAAAGUUAAUCUGUUGCAAUUUUUGAAUAAUUGUGAUCCAAAUUACUUUGUUCUGCAAAAUAAGCACAUCAAA